AGAGAGCAGGGGCAGAGAGGCCAUUGCGGCUGCGGGCGCCGGGGCAGGAGUGGUAUAAAUAGCGGGGUGUUUGCCAUCCUCUGGGGUCGUUUUGCUGGUGCGGAGUGUUGGUGGAGUGUUGUUAGGUGUGUUUUGUCUGUUGUAGUUCUUCUUUUCUUCAACAAGCAGUUGGUUGAGCACACAAGCACACAGCUUAGCACACGCAGACGCAAACACACAAACGCACACACACGCACACACACAUCCACAAUGGUUUACACAAAGAUUGAUAUCGAUGCCGAAGAAAAGGCGUUCCAGGCCGAGGUCGACGCAGUCAACAAGUGGUGGGCGGAGCCUAGAUGGGAGGGCAUCAAGAGACCGUACACCGCGGAGGAGAUUGUCAAGAGAAGAUCCACGCUCGUGAACCCAAACGCCUCGGACGCAAUGGCCAGAAAGGCGUUUGCCCUCUUGAAGGAGCACGCCAAGAACGGCACCUCGUCCAUCACCUUCGGUGCGCUCGACCCUAUCCACGUGGCGCAGAUGGCCAAGUACUUGGACACCAUCUACGUGUCGGGCUGGCAAUGUUCCUCCACGGCUUCCACGUCGAACGAGCCUUCUCCAGACCUUGCAGACUACCCUAUGGACACUGUGCCAAACAAGGUCCAGCACUUGUUCUACGCGCAACUGUUCCACGACAGAAAGCAGAGGGAAGAAAGAUUCUCCCUCUCGAAGGCUGAGAGAUCCAAGUUGAACUACACGGACUUCUUGAGACCCAUCAUUGCCGACGGUGACACCGGUCACGGUGGCACCACCGCCAUCUUCAAGUUGACCAAGAUGUUCAUUGAAAACGGUGCAGCAGGUAUCCACAUUGAAGAUCAAGCUGCAGGUACCAAGAAGUGUGGCCACAUGGCCGGUAAGGUGUUGGUUCCAAUCCAAGAACACAUCAACAGAUUGGUGUGCAUCAGAACUUCUGCUGAUGUCUUCCACUCUUCGCUUUUGAUUGUCGCAAGAACCGAUUCCGAGGCUGCAACCUUGAUCACCUCCACCAUCGACAACAGGGACCACUACUUUGUCCAGGGUACUACCAACAAGGACAUUGAACCCCUGGUGGACGUGAUGAACAAGGCCGAGCAACAAGGUGUUUACGGUGACGAUUUGGCCAAGAUCGAAGCUAAAUGGGUUGAGGAUGCUGGUAUCUCCCAAUUCCACGAAGCCGUCGCUGCUGCCAUGAAAAAGGAGUCCAAGAUCACCGACAAGGAGGCUGCCAUUGCCAAGUUCAACUCCAUUGUCACGCCAUUAUCCAACCACUCCAUUCGUGAAGCUCAAAAGGUCGCCAAGGACAUUUUGGGUUACGAGCUUUACUUUGACUGGGACAAGCCAAGAGUCAGAGAAGGUUACUACAGAUACAAUGGUGGUACCCAAUGUGCCGUCAACAGAGCUAGAGCCUUUGCUCCAUUCUGUGACAUGGUUUGGAUGGAAACCAAGUUGCCAAUCUACGAACAAGCAAAGGAAUUCGCCGAAGGUGUCAAGGCUGUCUACCCAAACAAAUGGUUAUCUUACAACUUAUCUCCUUCUUUCAACUGGAACUCUGCCAUGACCCCAGAAGAACAAGAAACUUACAUCCCAAGAUUGUCCAAGUUGGGUUUCGUUUGGCAAUUCAUCACCUUGGCCGGUCUACAUACCACCGCCUUGGCUGUCGACAACUUCUCCAGAGAUUUCGCUGCGCACGGUAUGAGAGCCUACGGCCAAAACAUCCAAGCAAAGGAAAUAGAAUCCGGUGUCGAGGUCGUGAAACAUCAAAAAUGGUCUGGUGCAGAAUACGUUGAUUCUAUUGUCAAGUUGGUGACAGGUGGUGUUUCUUCAACUUCUGCAAUGGGUGCUGGUGUCACUGAAUCUCAAUUCAAAUAAGUGUAUUAUUCCCCCUCUUCCUCUCCUUACAAAACUUAAAUGUCUUAUGAAAAUUAUGUAAAAACAUUCAAACUUUCGAUUCUCACCCCCUAUCGAUGAUUUUUAUAUAAUCAUGUGCAUGUCUUUUUAUUAUAUAUCAUUCAAUUAAUUCGAAUUAAAAUUCAAC